GCGUCCCGCGGGCCGUCCUCUCCCUGCCUCUCCGCGGCCGGGGGCCGGCCUGAGGCCUUUAAUUUUUAUUUUAUUUGCCUUUUUUUAAUUUUUUUUCCCCUCCCCCGCCGGAGCCGCCCUCCCCCGUCACGUGGCGAGGGCGCGCACCGGGUGCACGAUGGUGGUGGCGGCGGCGGCGGCGGGGCCGGGCGACGGCGGCGGCGGCGGGAGAAGGCGCGGGUAGAAAAUGGCGGAUUUCGAGGAGCUGCGGAAUAUGGUAUCAAGUUUUCGUGUUUCUGAACUACAAGUGUUGUUGGGCUUUGCUGGACGUAAUAAAAGUGGACGGAAACAUGACCUCCUGAUGAGGGCACUGCACUUACUGAAGAGCGGCUGCAGCCCAGCAGUUCAGAUAAAAAUCCGAGAACUCUAUAGGCGUCGGUACCCAAGGACGAUUGAAGGACUCUCAGACUUAUCAGCUAUAAAACCCGCCGUUUUCAAUUUGGACAGUAGUUCCUCUCCCGUGGAGCCUGACCUGGCUGUUGCUGGGAUUCACCCGCUCCCUUCUACUUCAGUCACACCUCAGUCUCCUUCAUCCCCUGUCAGCUCCGUGCUCCUCCAAGACACUAAGGCUCACUUUGAGAUGCAGCAGCCAUCCCCUCCGAUUCCACCUGUUCAUCCUGAUGUUCAGCUGAAAAGCCUGCCUUUUUAUGAUGUGCUAGAUGUGCUUAUAAAACCUACAAGUCUAGUACAGAGCAGUAUUCAGAGGUUCCAAGAGAAGUUUUUUAUCUUUGCUUUAACACCUCAGCAGGUCAGAGAAAUCUGUAUUUCCAGGGACUUCUUGCCAGGGGGCAGGAGAGAUUACACAGUCCAAGUUCAGCUAAGGUUAUGUCUGGCAGAGACAAGCUGUCCUCAAGAAGAUAAUUACCCUAACAGUUUGUGCAUUAAAGUAAAUGGGAAGCUGUUUCCAUUGCCGGGAUAUGCUCCACCACCGAAAAAUGGAAUUGAACAGAAGCGACCUGGGCGUCCCUUGAAUAUAACAUCUCUAGUUAGGUUGUCAUCAGCAGUGCCAAACCAGAUUUCCAUUUCCUGGGCUUCUGAAAUUGGGAAGAAUUACUCCAUGUCUGUGUAUCUCGUUCGUCAGCUCACUUCAGCUAUGCUUUUGCAGAGGUUAAAAAUGAAAGGUAUCAGAAACCCUGAUCAUUCCAGAGCACUAAUUAAAGAAAAACUAACUGCAGAUCCUGACAGUGAGAUUGCCACAACCAGUCUGCGGGUAUCUCUGAUGUGUCCUCUGGGAAAAAUGAGACUGACAAUUCCAUGCCGGGCUGUUACUUGCACACACCUGCAAUGUUUUGAUGCUGCUCUUUAUCUUCAAAUGAAUGAGAAGAAGCCUACCUGGAUCUGUCCUGUCUGCGACAAAAAGGCAGCUUAUGAGAGCCUAAUACUAGAUGGGCUCUUUAUGGAAAUCCUUAAUGAAUGUUCAGAUGUGGAUGAGAUUAAAUUCCAGGAAGAUGGUUCCUGGUGCCCCAUGAGGCCUAAAAAAGAUGCUGUGAAAGUCUCUAGUCCACAGUGCACCAAAAUAGAAAGUUCCAGUGUUGUUAGCAAACCGUGUUCUGUGACAGUGGCCAAUGAGGUAAACAAGAAAAAAGUUGAUGUGAUUGACUUGACAAUUGAAAGCUCUUCUGAUGAAGAAGAAGAUCCUCCUGCCAAAAGGAAGUGCAUAUUUAUGUCUGAAACACAAGGAAGCCCAACCAAAGGGGUUCUCAUGUAUCAGCCAUCUACUGUCAGAGUGCCCAGCGUGACAACGGUUGAUACUGCUGCUAUUCCUCCUUCGUUAACAGACUACCCAGUGCCAUUCCAUCACCCACCAAUAUCCAGUAUUUCCUCGGACUUGCCAGGUCUGGAUUUUCUUUCACUAAUCCCAGUUGAUUCACAGUACUGUCCUCCUAUGUUUUUGGAUAGUCUCACCUCAACCUUAACAAGCAGCACGCCUGGCAGCAUCAUCACAUCAACCAGUCACCACGAGAGCAGCACGCACGUUAGCUCCUCCAGCAGGAGUGAGACAGGAGUUAUAACCAGCAGCGGAGGAAGUGCUCCAGACAUCAUCUCACUGGACUGAAACAAGAGGCAGCCUUGGAACUCCAGGAGAAAUUGCACAGAGCUGCUUGUUGUAUCUCUGGAACUUCAGCAUCUCGGAAGUUAACGCUGAUAUUUAUUGAAAGGAUUUGCCUUCCAGAAAUGGAGUAAACUCAUCUACACUAGGAACGGAAGUGAUAGAAUUUUUUUUUUCCUUGCUCGUUAAGUAGCUGAUAUAGGAAAGGCCCCUUCAGAACAUGCUUUUGGCCUGUUCUGGGGAAACUGACUUUUUGUUGUUGGAUAGAUUCCACAAGUGGUUUUUAAUUUUGUUGUAAAACACAGCAAUAAUGUAAAAACAAACUUUUUUUAAAUAAAAAGGCACUUAACCACUCUAGAACAACAACCUGGACAAUGGUGCAGAAGUGUAUGCAUUGGUGAGUUUUUAAUAUUUUCACUGGGGCCUGUAAUAAACUUCAUUUAAAACAAUGAAGCUUUGUGAAAUAGCCAUGACUUGUGUUUUAUGUUUCCUGCUCCCCACUUUCCCCUUACAGGGGAAGGUAGGGAAAGCCUCUGUAAAUGUGUUUUUUUCCUUGAUUUCAUGUUGUUCACAAAUGUAACACUCCAAACUGUGACUUCUUCCUCUUUAAUGUGUUUUGAGCUGGGGAGGGAACAAACUAUCUAUGCAAACCUUGCAUUAUACAACCUCUGUGUGCUGCCAUGUCAGAAGUGGGACACCUCCCCAUCACCACCAAAACCCCCAAACUAUGCACAGUUGAGCCAUAGCUGAGUUUCUGGUUUGGUAACUUUAAGAGGCGAUGGAAAGAAAACCUUUUACCUCCUUAAAGUCCUUGGUGCCCUUCUGUGCUGUUACCACCCCCCGAGAUGCACCACUGAGUUGCAUGCUUUCUAUGGUACCCAUGUGGAGACUGCAGCGAUUACAUUCUCCAGAGCAGAACUGUUUUCUAGUAUGCCUUGCCCAUGGCUUUGCCACUUUAGUAACUGCUGCGUUCUGCUUGGGCGUGCUGCAGUCUGACUUGCCACAGUGGAAUCAUGGCUUUUGGGAAGAAAAAAGCUGUAGCUGCACGCUGUUCCCACCAAACUGGAACUAGGGUUAGGAUUUAACGAUGCUUUGUCCUGCAGUAGAAAAGCCAUGAUUAAAAGGCCCCAUAAUCAGCUAGAAAUAACCUCCUCCUCUCUUACUACUCUGAAUUUGCCGCUUUGUUCAGUAUAUGCGGUGUCUCCUUGCACGUUUCUAAGGAUAAUGUUGGCAGUACUGUAUUGGAAGAGGUUACAGACCAGGAAAACCAACUAAUUUCCAUAGAGCUGGAAAAAUGAUACUGUCAUUAUAUGUUGACAUAGCAACUUUUCCAAGUGUUGUUUCUGAGUAACUGUAUUUGAGAUUACUCUUUUCCCUAGUUACCAGCGUUCAUUUUGCGCUAAUUUUGUUCUGUAUUUUUGUAUUUCUUUAGUCAGAUGUCUGGUGCUUUUUGCUUUCCGUUACUGUUACAGUAUUUGAACUAAGUAUAUGGAUAAGAAAUAUUGAAGCAGGAUGUAUUGUACCUCUUGUCUGCCCUGUACUCCCAUCUGUAAUGCUGCAUUGCUAUUCUUCAUUGCCUUUUUUGUAUUAUCUUUCACAUCAAUCUUCAAUUCACUGGUUGGUCUUAAUAUUGCAUCCAUUUUCUUCUCGUUUCCUUAUCUGUUAAAUUUUUGUACCUGUUAAGGAUCAGUUUUUAGCAUGAUUUAUUUCCAAUAAAGCCAUGCUACUCA